CGGGGCUGCGGAGGGGCCUGGGCAGCCAGAGCGGCGCGGACCCCGGCUCUCGGCUCCCGGCGCCAUGUGAGGGGGCUCGGGGGCCGCGGGGAGCCGGGCGCUCCCCGGGGGAGGUGGGGAAAUUGAGAUCUGCAAAGAAGCUGCGUCCUGCGAGGAUGGGGGGUCCAUUGGGGAGUGAGGAGCAGAGCUGGGCUUGUAUGGUCGCCUGAGCGCCGCCUCACGGUGGGGCUGUGAUCAUUGCCAUUGGACAGAUGAGUCUGAGCCCUUAACCCCAAGAUCUUACUUAUUAAUGAACAAAGUCAAAACCAAGGGGAAAAAAAAGAUGAGAAUGAAGUCAUUCAGCGGUCCUCCUGCACCCAUCUCCGGGGCUCUGGAGGCGCAGCAGAGAAUGUGUGACCCCACACCCCUGCCCCCUGGGCCACCUGCAGGACGCUGGCCCCUGGCCCUCAGCAGACGCCAGAGAGAGAUGAGUAGCAACAAAGAGCAGCGGUCAGCAGUGUUCGUGAUCCUCUUUGCCCUCAUCACCAUCCUCAUCCUCUACAGCUCCAACAGUGCCAAUGAGGUCUUUCAUUAUGGCUCCCUGCGGGGCCGUACCCGCCGGCCCGUCAACCUCAAGAAGUGGAGCAUCACUGAUGGCUAUAUCCCCAUUCUCGGCAACAAGACUCUGCCCUCCCGGUGCCACCAGUGUGUGAUUGUCACCAGCUCCAGCCACCUGCUGGGCACCAAGCUGGGCCCUGAGAUCGAGCGGGCCGAGUGCACCAUUCGUAUGAACGACGCACCCACCACGGGCUACUCAGCCGAUGUGGGCAACAAGACCACCUUCCGCGUGGUGGCCCAUUCCAGUGUAUUCCGUGUGCUGCGCAGGCCCCAGGAGUUCGUCAACCGGACCCCUGAAACCGUGUUCAUCUUCUGGGGUCCCCCAAACAAGAUGCAGAAGCCCCAGGGCACCCUGGUGCGUGUCAUCCAGCGGGCAGGCCUGGUGUUCCCCAACAUGGAGGCCUAUGCCGUCUCCCUCGACCGCAUGCGCCAGUUUGAUGACCUCUUCCGGAGUGAGACAGGCAAGGACAGGGAAAAGUCCCACUCGUGGUUGAGCACAGGCUGGUUCACCAUGGUGAUUGCGGUGGAGCUGUGUGACCACGUGCACGUCUACGGCAUGGUUCCCCCCGACUACUGCAGCCAGCGGCCCCGCCUGCAGCGCAUGCCCUACCACUACUAUGAGCCCAAGGGGCCGGACGAGUGUGUCACCUACAUCCAGAAUGAGCACAGCCGCAAGGGCAACCACCACCGCUUCAUCACAGAGAAGAGAGUCUUCUCAUCCUGGGCCCAGCUGUAUGGAAUCACUUUCUCCCACCCCUCCUGGACCUAGGCCACCCUGCCUGGGGGACUCUCGCAAGGGAUGCAAGAGAAGUGCGUCUUCGCCCAGCCGCUCGACCAAAGGCCAUCUCCUGGCCAAUCAAGGCUGGUCGGGGUGUCUUCUGGCCAGUCAGGCCUUGAAGAGGGUGUAUCCUCCAGCCAUUCAGGGCCUG